AGGUGAAAAGGUCAGAGGGCCCCUGUUUAGCCCUGACUACAGCUCUAGGAUCAUACUGACCCACCCUGCUUGAGGUUCACAGCAAUCAUGACAACCAAAUCCAACAGCAGCAUUUUGAGUGGCAAGGCUUCCUCCUCUCCUCUCUUGUCCUCUUCACCUCGCCAACGCUUAGUCACCAAAGACGGACACUGUGCCCUUCGCCCACCUCUAUUCUCUUCAGGUUUGCAACGUGGGGCCUUGGGCAGGGCCUGGUUGCUGGCCCUGCAUGACCUGUGGGGACUGUUGGUUGGUCUGCGCUGGAGAUGGGUCCUGCUGGCCUUCUGCACCUCUUUCCUGGCCCACUGGCUGCUGUUUGCCUGCCUGUGGUACUUACUGGCUCACUUCAACGGAGACCUGGCUGUGCAAGAUCAUGAUGCCCCCCCACAGGGGCAUGUGGUUUGUGUGAAGCACAUAACCAGCUUCACUGCUGCCUUUUCCUUCUCCCUGGAGACACAGCUGACCAUCGGCUAUGGCACAAUGUUCCCAAGUGGAGACUGUCCCAGUGCCAUAGCACUGCUGGCUGUGCAGAUGCUGCUGGGGCUCAUGCUGGAAGCAUUCAUCACAGGUGCAUUUGUAGCCAAGAUUGCACGUCCCCAGAAACGAGCAGGAGCCAUCCAGUUCAGCCCCCAGGCAGUAGUGGGCCAAAACCAGGGCCAGGUGUGCCUCAUGCUACGAGCCACCAACCUGCUGCAGCGACCUCUGGUGGAUGUAAAAAUAAGUGCUGUGCUCUAUGAGGAGCAUGAUGGUCAGGCUCUGCACCAGACCUCUCUGGCCUUUCAUUUGGACCAUUUAGGUCAGCAGCCCUGUCCUUUCUUCAUCUUCCCACUCACCUUUUACCACCCUCUGGACCGUCACAGCCCUCUCUACCCCGCCCUGUGUGAAGGCACAUCUAAUCACUUUGAGUUGGUGGUGUUCCUGUCAGCCUUGCAGGAGGGAACUGGUGACUCCUGUCAGAAGAGGACCUCUUAUCUGCGCCAAGAAAUCCAGUUUGACCGUCGCUUUGUCCCUGCCCUGGGGCUGGAUGCUCAGGGAAGAUACAUGGUGAGCACCCAGCACUUUGACACGGCACACUCAAAGGAGCCUUUUAACAAGGACUGUGUGGUGCAGAUCAAUGGUGAUGGCAGUGACAGGAUGGAGUAA